AUGGCCGAUCAACCAUCCAGUAGCAGCAGCAAUAUUUUGAAAGUCAGCGUGAAUAAGUCACUGUUUAAGAAUGUCAUCAAGCAUACUGAAGCUCAUAACAAGGUCCAAGAAGUAAAUGAAAUGUGGCGGCAGCACAAGGUUAGCAGUAAAGUAAAAUCGAAGGAUAGCACUAAGCGGAAAAGGGAUUCAGAACGUCCAAAGAGGAGCAAAAUAGCUAAGCCUGAAAGUACGUAUUGGACAAAGCAGUUACUCAAUGUUGAAGAAGCAGAUCCUGACAGGUGGGGUCAUGCCGGAUAUAAGGAGUUAUAUCCUGAAGAAUUUACUCCUUCUCCGAUAUCGCUUACAUCCAGCAGUAGUAUAGACAGCAGUGUUGACAACAGAAAGAGAAAGAAAACAAUUUUGAAUCGAAAAAAGAAGAUGUAUAACCUAACGAAUAUGAAAGGUCGUGUUACCAUCUACUCUACCACUGGUUGCCCACAUUGCAAGCAUGCUAAAAGUGCCCUUAACGAGUUGGGAAUUCCCUUUGUAGAUGUUAACUUAGAUAACUAUCCGCAAGCAAGGAAAGAAAUGGAAGAGAAAACCAAUCGACGUACUGUACCUCAAAUCUUUUUUAAUAAUAUCCACGUCGGUGGUAACGAUGAAUUUUCUAAAUUGGAGAAAGACCGAUUGCAAGAAUUAGUGAAUGAGGUAACAAAUAAUGAACCUCCCGCAGAUGCUCCCCAAAUACCGGAUCCCUCGACUGCCGUACAAAGUGAUGUCAGCAGUGACAUAAAGUGUGAACCUGAUGAAUAUGCUGUUUUAGCGAAAGCCCUCCGCGAGAGUGGUCUUGUCUCAAAUCACAGGAAAAAUUUAAAGUGGCAUAAAAAAACUAUCAUAGAUAUUGAUGAAGCCUUAAAGCUUGGACAAGAGUUAAUUGAUCGUUACUUCCUCCAUCCCAUUCACGGAGAUAGAAAAUUUGAAAAUGGUAGUUCUUAUUAUAGAUUCUUGGAAGAUGAUGACGAUAAAGCUUUAAAUAUGGAAUUUACUUCCGAGUGCGAGCCAAGAUCAGCUUCCGAAGUAGGAGAAGAUUUAAGACGUCUAAUUUUGAAAACAUAUAGCAAAUAUUUAUCGAAUGAUGGCAAGAAAAUUGACUACAAAGGCAUUGCAGAAAGCCAAGAAUUUCAAGAAUAUAGACGAGCUGCUGCAGAAUUGCAACGUGUUAACGUUGCAACUUUAAGUAAAGAAGAAAAGCUAGCAUUCUUUAUUAAUAUUUACAAUGCUCUAAUCGUACAUGCUAAUAUUACCGUUGGCCCACCAGUAACAGUAUGGCAACGUUAUCGCUACUUCAAUACGGUCAGCUACAAGAUUGGCGGUUAUAAUUACACGCUGAAUGAAAUCGAAAAUGGCCUGCUGCGGGGUAACCGAAAAGCGGUGGGAUCCUUUAGGAAACCAUUCUCUAAAGAUGAUCCUCGUCUUCCAAUAGCACUUACGGAGCUAGACUCGCGAGUACACUUUGCUCUCGUUUGCGGAGCCCGUAGUUGUCCCCCUGUCAAAACUUAUUCAUCUAAGGAGAUUUAUGAGCAGCUUCAAUCCGCCGGUGAAGCAUUUCUCGAAGGCGAUGAAGCUUUACAAAUUGGCGAAAAGGAAGUCAAAGUUAGUGAAAUAUUCAAGUGGUAUCGGGUUGAUUUUGGUACUACAGAUGAGCAGGUUUAUUUCAUUAAAUGUUUUUUGUACCUAUACGACUUGAUGUAA